AUGGGUUGCGCAGAGUACAUAGCAGUUCCAGAGCUGGAGCGUUCCCCUAUCACUCCAAGACGAACCGACUAUGAGCGCAGUACUGAACUGGACCUGAUGAUGCCAUCCUCCGAGGACAACGUGGAACGUCGCGACACCAAAAUGGAGGAUCAGUUCAACAGACAUCAUGGAGCCAAACGUCGCCACUUCGACGUGGGCGAUGCAGUAUACGCCAGGGACUAUAGCGCAGCAAAAAUCGCUUGGGCACCUGGUUUCAUUGCAGGUCGCCUCGGGAGCGUGAUGUAUCUCUUAUGCUGUGGGAAACUACUAUGA